AUGCACAUUCAAUAUUUUGUAAAUCAAUCUACCCAACGGCUUUAUCCACUCGGAAUACAUGAAAAUGAUGCGUAUUUCUAUGUGGAUACUGUAGGAUCUCUGGAUUUUGUCACUAUCGACGUCCGAUUCCCAAAUAAUUGGCACAAAAUUGGCCAAUUUUCUCGAGAAGACGUUUCUUAUGGAUUUCCAGCACUUUCUCCAGAUGCUAAUUUCAUUUUUGUGCUCUUUUUGAAAAUGGCAGAUGACUGCGUUUUUGGUGUCAAGCGAAUUCACUUGGAAACUGGAAAAGAGGAUGAGUUCAGCUACUCUGGAGACUGGACACAAGUAUUCCAGAUCAAUUUCGAGAGGGUCACACUUCGAAGUGGGGAUAAUGGUGAAUUGGUGCUCUACGAUAGGACCAUUGUUCAAGGGACCCUCCCAUUCUGGAAUAUUCGGUUGAAUGAGGAUUCCAGAAGUUUUGCUGUUAGAUAUAACCCAAUUACCACGAAUGGAGAGCAAAAUCUGGAAAAAGCUUGCCUUUUUAAUGUCGCUGUGGAUCCGGUGAAUCGAAUUUUUGCAAAGCUCAUGACCCCUCGAGAGAUGUUAGUGCACACUGGAACUCAAGAAAAAUGGGUCCGGUACACGAUACCAUCCCAGGACUCUCUAAUUGACGUUUUUGGGACCGAUGGAUUUCCAGUUGAAGAAACUAAACGACUUCAUGAGACUUAUGGUAGUCAUGGACACAGAAUUGGCGCAAUGCAGACGCGAUUAACGUUUCAUGAUUCAAACGGAACUGUGGUCGCCCGUUUUGUACAUAAUAACAAGAAGUGCACGACAGCUGUGGUGGAAUUUGACCACACCAGUCACCAGAUCCUUGUUCGAAAACUAGCAACGUUCCAUCUACACGAUGAAGUCUCCAGAAUGUUUUAUUUGAUUGCUACUCCGGAAAUCCACGUUUUUUUGGGUGUACGACACAGUUCAGUGGUUUAUGUCAGGCCGCGUAGUUUGGAAGAAAUCGCUGGAUGGAGAAUGCAGAAAAUGUUGAAAGAAGACGGAUUUUAUGAGGAAGUGUCUGGAAUCGCGGACUCGAAAGGAUUGCUGAAAUUGUGUUUUGAGAAAUACUUGAUAACAGAGGAUUUGAAGAAUUUGGAGCUUAACAAUUUAUAG